GUCUCGGGAAUUGCUGUGAAGUUUACUGAACUAUUUAGGCUCUUAUUUUGUUUUUGUCUCGUGUAGCAAAUCGGCUUUUUAGGGAGGUGUAUUUUAAUCUCGGCCGUGUUUGCCUCUAUUUGACAAGUCAGCAACACGUGGGAUUGAGGAACAAAACCAAACUUCGUUUAAACUUCAACAAAACGUAUUCAAGAGAGUUCUGGGAACUUCCUUUCUCUUUUUCAAAAAAAAGAUUGGAUGUAUCCAAUGAGACGUGCAAUGCAGGAGAUACUACCUGGCUUGUACUUGGGGCCGUAUUCUGCUGCUAUGAAAAGUAAGCUCCCAAUUCUUGAGGAAAAUGGAAUAACUCACAUAAUAUGUGUACGGCAGGAUAUUGAGGCAAACUUCAUCAAGGCAAAUUUUCAAGAGAAAUUUAGGUAUUUAGUUUUGGAUAUUGCUGAUAAUCCAGUGGAGAAUAUAAUACGAUAUUUCCCUGUGACAAAAGAAUUCAUUGAUGGAUGCUUGGAAAAUGGAGGAAAGGUUCUUUUACAUGGAAAUGCAGGUAUUUCUCGAAGUGCAGCCUUGGUGAUAGCAUAUAUUAUGGAAACAUUUGGUGUUAAGUAUAGGUAAGCUAUG